GGAAAAAAUGAGUCCCACCCACCUCAUUAAAUAUUACGCUGCGCGUCUCUCACGCUCUAGGACAGAGGUACUGUGUACCUAGGAAGUGACGGCCCGCUGCUUAAACUGCAAGACAAUGAGUUAUCCAGGCUAUCCUCCUCAGUCUGGCUAUCCUCCUCAGGCCGGUGGAUACCCACCCCAACCGGGGGCGUACCCUCCUGCUGCAGGAGGUUACCCCCCUCAGCCUGGGAUGUACCCCCCGCAGGCGGGUGGAUACCCUCCCCAACCCGGAGCAUACCCGCCCCAGCCAGGUGCCUAUCCUGGUCAGCCAGGGCCGUAUCCAUCUGUACCCUCAGGAGGUUGGGUGCCCCCCGGUGCUCCCGGCGCUCCCGGUGCUCCUAUUGGCCUGGAUAAUUUGCCGAAUCCUGGCUUCAACGCUUCAAAUCUCCCAGCAAUGGCCAAUCAGUUUGCUGCCAAUAGUGGAUUUACCCCAAAUCCUUCCAUGUUCCCUCAAAUCCCUGGUGGCUAUCCUGGCCCCCAACCUGGGGGCCCACCAGCCCCGUCCCCUAACCAGCCCUAUGGCAUGUACCCUCAGCCAGGAGGAGGUAUGCCCCAAGGACCGGCAAUGGGAUACCCUGGGGGGCCACCCCAGGGUCAGCAGAUGCCAGGUUUCCCAAAUGCACCAGCACCGAAUCCAUCCAUGCCUGGCUAUCCCAACGCACCCUCACCCAACCCGUCCGUGCCCGCGUACGGAGGUGGUUACGGAGGAGGAGCACCUGCCGUUCCAGCUAUCAGUCGUGGAUUUAGAGGGACAAUCCAAGACUUUCCGGGAGCUGAUCCUCUAAAAGAUGCGGAAGUCCUCAGGAAGGCCAUGAAGGGCUUUGGCACUGAUGAACAAGCCAUCAUUAAUUUGCUCGGAAGUCGCUCCAACAAGCAGCGUGUACCGCUCCUAGUGUCAUACAAGACGGCCUAUGGAAAGGAUUUGAUUAAGGAUCUGAAGUCUGAGCUUUCAGGGAACUUUGAGAAACUGGUGUUGGCCAUGUUGAAGACUCCAGCUCAGUAUGAUGCAUAUGAGCUCAAAGAGGCCAUCAAGGGAGCAGGGACAGAUGAGGCCUGUCUGAUUGAAAUCUUGGCCUCUCGCUCUAAUGCAGAGAUUCGAGAAAUCAAUCAAGUCUUCAAAGCUGAAAAUAAGAAAUCACUGGAGGAGUCCAUCAGCGGAGACACGUCUGGACAUUUCCGCAGACUUCUGGUCUCUCUCGCUCAGGGUAAUCGUGAUGAGAGGGAGAAUGUGGACAUAUCAUUAGCCAAACAGGAUGCUCAGGCUCUCUAUCAAGCAGGGGAAAAUAAACUUGGUACAGACGAAUCGAAAUUCAAUGCCAUCCUGUGUGCUCGGAGCAAAGCUCACCUCAGAGCAGUGUUUAAUGAGUACCAGCACAUGUGUGGCAGAGACAUUGAGAAGAGUAUCGAGAGGGAGAUGUCUGGAGAUCUGGAGAGCGGCAUGCUGGCUGUCGUGAAAUGCAUCAAGAACACACCGGCCUACUUCGCUGAGAGACUCUACAAGGCCAUGAAGGGAGCAGGAACCAAGGAUCGCACUUUGGUUCGCAUCAUGGUGACCCGCUCUGAAGUGGACAUGCUGGACAUUCGUCAGGAAUACAUGAAGAAUUAUGGGAAAUCUCUAUACACAGCCAUAUCUGGAGACACUUCAGGGGAUUAUAAGAAACUACUGCUGAAGCUCUGCGGUGGAAGCGAUUAGAGGAUACAGAUGCUUUCACACACACUCAGAGGACAUGAAGCCACACACAUCUUACGCCUUGCUUUCAUUUGCACUCUAUACUUGUAUGGUAUACAGUACUUUCUGCAAAAGCACCUGUGUGCAUAUACGCUGCACAUUACAUUUCAUGCUCUCCUGACUAAAAUUUUAUUUUGGGAGUAGCAAACUAUAUCUUUCUGUGCCUUCUACGCUCAAAAAAGUGACUUAGCGAAUUAUUGUUUAUCGGAAAGAGUGCAUAUAUAUAUUUAAUGUAUGCGUUUCCUUCAAGUAUGCUUUGUUUGCAAGAUGCAAGAAAAUUAAGUAUUGUGCACAACUCUGAAUGCCAAAAAUGCUUUUACACAUUAAUGUAUGUUAAGUAAUAUACAUAUACUGGGGAAAAUGUGCCAUAAAUAUUAGUUUCAACAUUUUAUAGUAAAGAAAUGUAUAUUUCCUGCAUCUUACGCAUUAUACGCUGUUUAUUUUUAACUAUACACACUUCUUUUGUUGUAACCUCUGCAUUGAGGAAAAAAAAGUGGUAAUGAUGGUGCUGUCUUUGUGUUUCUUAUUUGUUUACUCUGUACAGAGACAAACGCUCAUAUGAAAUGCUAAGUAAAUCCUGCCUGAAAGAGAUAAUAACUCAACUGUUCAACUCGAA